AUGAGUUUUCGUUGUUUGAGCCGUGGUCGCAUUCCGAGCGUCUUGAAAUCAUCAUCGUCAUCAUCGAGAAGAAAACGACAACAAUUUCAAAAGAGACCGUCGGUGACGCCAAUUGGAGAACAACAACAACAACAACAACAACAACAACAAAAGAAUCGGCAGUCGGUGACGAAAAUCGGAGAGGAAUUAAACCUCGUGUACGAACUCGUGGAAAGGAACGGUCGUGGGGCGAUCUAUUUAGGUUCGAGCAGAAUAGAUAAAGAGCACGCCCAUUUUGCGCGUUCAAAGAGUUUAGCCAAAGCAGUGGCAGUGUUGUUGGAGUGCACGACGUGGUCUGGCAUCGGGCCGGGGUUGAUGGAUGCGGUGACCUUAGGAGGGUUGGAAGCGAACGGGAAAGCGAGCGGUAUCUUGAUAUUAAUGGGCGAGAAAGAGGAACGAGACAACAUUGAAGGCAAAGUCAUGAGAAGGCAGAAGACUCGGAAGCAUCCGUACUUGAACGAAUCUCAAUACGCCACGUGUUCGUUCUUUAGCGCGCGGAAGCACGGACUCGUCGACGCGGGGGUGAGGAACGGGAAAGAGGACACGAAGACGGCGUUCUUUUGCCUUCCCGGCGGUAUCGGUACGAUGGACGAGUUCGCGGAGAUUUUGACUUUAUUUCAGUUGCGACGGAUCGGGAGCGAAGAGAAGGUUCCGUUUUUGCUCAUGAAUUACGACGGCGUGUUUGACAAGCUUUUAGAGUUCAUCACCGUGUCGUGCGUAGAGCACGGUUUAGUGAAUGAAGGAGAAAUGGAGGAACAUUUGAAAGUGUGUUCCACGAACGAAGAGGCGUUGGAGUAUUUAAAGCACUUCUACGCGCUCUAA